AUGGCUACCCGGAGUUACAGGAGGCUAUUCGUGCCUUACCAGCAAACUACAACUUUGAAAUUCACAAGACAGUUUGGCGAGUGCGCCAAGCUAAAGUCCAAGAGGGUGGCCCUGCAGUUGCCAGAAGGGCUUCAGAUGUUUGCCUGUGUGAUCGCCGACAUCAUUGAAAGGUUCACGGAAGCAGACACGCUGGUGAUGGGGGACGUGACGUAUGGAGCCUGCUGCGUGGAUGACUUCACCGCCCGGGCACUGGGGGCCGACUUCAUGGUGCACUACGGACACAGCUGCCUCAUUCCCAUCGACUCCACGGCGGGCAUCAAAAUGCUGUACGUCUUUGUGGACAUCCAGAUGGACACGUCCCACUUCCUGGACACGGUCCGCUUCAACUUCCCCCCAGGCCAUUCUCUGGCCCUGGUCAGCACCAUCCAGUUUGUGGCCGCUCUGCAGGCUGCGAGUGCUGCUCUGAGGCCGGACUAUGAGGUGCUGGUGCCCCAGUGUCGGCCCCUGUCCCCGGGGGAGAUCCUGGGCUGCACCUCCCCAAGGCUGGACCGCUCCGUCAGUGCCAUCAUUUAUCUUGGAGAUGGAAGAUUUCACCUUGAGUCUAUUAUGAUUGCCAACCCAGAGAUACCAGCGUACAGGUAUGAUCCCUACAGCAAAAUCUUCUCGCGGGAGCACUAUGACCACCAGGCCAUGCGGGCCGCCAGGCUCCAGGCCGUCGACAGAGCCCGCACAGCCCAGAGAUGGGGGCUCAUCCUGGGCACCCUUGGACGCCAGGGCAACCCUAAGAUCAUGGAGCACCUGGAGUCCAAACUGGAGUCUCAAGGCAAGUCCUUCACCAGGCUCCUGCUCUCGGAGAUCUUCCCCAGCAAGCUGGAGCUGAUGACCGACGUGGAUGCGUGGGUGCAGGUUGCCUGUCCUCGGCUGUCCAUUGACUGGGGCACGGCCUUCUCCAAACCCCUGCUGUCUCCGUACGAGGCUGCUGUGGCGCUCCAGCAGGUUGGCUGGCAGGAUGUGUACCCUAUGGACUUCUACUCCAAUCAAAGCCUGGGACCCUGGGCCCCCAAUCACCCCGACAACCAGCCGGCGCGGGCCCCUCGCCGGCAGACCCAGAAGAGUGGCCAGGAUCAAUCCCAGCCUCCCAUGCCCAAGUCCUGCGGACGGGACCAGAGCGCCCCCUGUGGCUGCCAGGAGGAAUGACGGACAGAGCGGAACUGUUCUAUUCCACGCCGGCAGCCAACCACGGCUUAUCUCCACCAUCUGCAGGAGACCGGCCAGCCAAUCAGAACCUCUGAGCACAUCGUCACUGCGUGUCACAGAACGCUGCUGUGCACCCUCCUCGCUAGUCUCUCCCUUGAUAUGUCAACAGAGAGAAAACAACAACAACAAACACAACAACAAACAAACUGCAUCACACAUUGAAAAGAUGCCUUUAUUGCCUGUUGUCAGAGAGAGACAGAGAGAGAGAGAGAGAAAAGGGAGAGGAUGACAGAACUGCCUUAUUAUUCUUAUCCUAACUAUUCGUGGACGAAUUUGCUGCCAUCAUUCAGUCAUGUUUUUCAUAGCUACAGUUCAUGUAACCACACUUCACAAAACAUUUGCUUGUGUAAUAUUCUUCAUAGCAGCCAAAGCCUGAAUAGACAUUGGACGUUGAAUGUUGUAUGCGACAUUUACCACAACAUGAAAUAGGAACUGAAAUGUAAUGUGUCUGAAGUGUAUGGAAUCUAU